CGCGAAUUUUCUACUCGUUCUCUUUUUCUCGGGAAACCCCUUCCUGUCCCCCAGUAUCACUGUUUCAUAGACGUGUGCUGUUCUUCCACCAGUCGCAAAAUGCCCAUCACUAAUGGAGAUGUUGCCAGCAAUGGCGUCCCUCUCAACCGAGACCUCGAGAAGUUGGACUGGCGAAAUGCCCUCGAAGUACUCAAGGAGUACAAGUCCCGCGAUGGUCUUGAUGUCCACGACUUGCUCGACUCGAAGAAAAAUGGUGCCUUGACAUACAACGACUUCCUCAUCCAGCCGGGAUAUAUCGGUAGGCCUCUUUGACGCGGUGAUCUCUGCCAUCCUGACGUGGUUAGGUUUUGCCGCUUCUGAAGUUGCACUCGACUCCCCGAUCACCAAACGCAUCUCCCUCAAGACACCGCUCCUCUCCUCUCCUAUGGACACUGUCACAGAAGAGAAUAUGGCUAUUCAUAUGGCUCUGUUGGGUGGCCUAGGUGUCAUUCAUCACAAUUGUUCUGCGGAAGAUCAGGCAGAUAUGGUCCGCAAAGUCAAGAGAUACGAGAAUGGCUUCAUCUCUGAGCCUCUCGUCCUCUCCCAAAAGACCACUGUCGCUGAGGCCAAAGAACUGAAGGACAAAUGGGGGUUUGGCGGAUUUCCAGUCACCGAAACCGGCCAGCUCAAGUCCAAGUUGAUUGGCAUUGUCACAACUCGAGACAUCCAGUUCCACCCUCAGCCAGAAGAUUUGGUGACGGAGGUCAUGUCGAAAGACCUGAUCACCGCACCAGCAGGAACCACUCUUCUAGAGGCCAACGAAGUCCUGCGCAAAUCCCGAAAGGGCAAGUUGCCAAUUGUUGACAAGGAUGGUAAUCUGGUGUCUCUGCUCUCGCGAUCCGAUCUUCUGAAGAACCUCAACUAUCCUCUUGCCUCAAAACUACCCCACUCGAAACAAUUGAUUGCUGCCGCUGCUAUCGGUACCCGACCAGACGAUAAGAACAGACUCCAGAAGUUGGUUGAAGCUGGUCUAGACAUUGUCAUCCUCGACAGCAGCCAGGGUAACAGCCUAUAUCAGAUUGAAAUGGUCAAAUACAUCAAGCAAACAUACCCUGAUCUCGACGUUAUUGCUGGAAACGUAGUGACUCGAGAACAAGCCGCAAACCUGAUUGCUGCAGGUGCCGAUGGCCUGAGAAUCGGUAUGGGUAGUGGCAGCGCCUGCAUCACGCAGGAAGUCAUGGCUGUGGGCCGUCCUCAGGCUGCGGCAGUCUUCUCCGUGUCGUCGUUCGCGGCAAGGUUUGGAGUUCCUUGUAUUGCUGAUGGUGGCAUCCAGAACGUAGGCCACAUUGUCAAAGGUCUCGCUAUGGGAGCUUCGACCGUGAUGAUGGGUGGUCUCCUUGCUGGUACCACCGAGUCUCCUGGAACUUCCUUCGUCAACCGUGAAGGUAAGCUCGUCAAGGCUUAUCGAGGCAUGGGCAGCAUCGAUGCCAUGGAGGACAAGAAAGCUGGCGGUGGGGGCAAGGACUCCAAGGCUAGCAACGCCGGCACAGCUAGAUAUUUCUCGGAGGGUGAUAGGUUGCUGGUCGCCCAGGGUGUGUCAGGUUCUGUCCUCGACCGAGGCUCAGUUACCAAAUUCGUGCCAUACCUGAUCGCUGGUCUACAGCACUCACUGCAGGACAUCGGCAGCAAGAGUCUUGUUGAGCUACGCGAGGACGUCGGCAGAGGGAAGGUUCGAUUCGAACUCCGCAGCGUCAGCGCUCAGGCUGAAGGCAAUGUCCACGGUCUGGACAGCUUCGACAAGAAGCUCUACUCUUGAUCGUAGUAGUCGCUGCAUCGGCAAGGCGAAGUGGCGUUGAUGGAGAGAUUGAGAUACGGACUCAGAUUUUGCUGCUUGAUAUAUGACUGUACGAGUUUCAUGGCCCCGUAAAUACACACAAGACAAAAUUCGCAAGAACUUUUAACUGUC